GAGGUCGUGAUGUGAGAGAACUUGCCUUGUAAAUUCCUUGGAAUUCAGACUCGGUUGUUGUGUGCGCUCAGCUAUCCAUACCGUAUCCUAGCAGCAAGACGGACACUGAACAAAAUGUGAAGUGCUGACUAUUUACAUGCGGGAUUUGAGCGCCGCUUUUGAAAGGAUGGGCUAGCUUGGACGGCCUCUAGCACCAUGGACUGUUGCUCCAGAUCUAGAGUCACUGUCGCAGCUGCAAGCAUCUCGGAACGGAACCGCAUGUAUAGGUUAUUCAAAGCAGACCAAAUGCUCGGUAAUUCUAUGCAGAACAUACAUGAACUUCGUACGGUGAUGCUUAUCACAUGGAUGCAUAUCAAACGGAAAGAAAGUAAAAUGAAAAUAAGAACAGAAAGGCCGUGGGCGACCAACGGUCGUCGCUGGCAGUGGCAAGAGCACACCGGGGGCGACGUUCGCCACCAGUGCGCGGCUGUGGGGGGCUACCCACCGGUGACGAGGAGCGGGCACGGAGACCGCCAAGACCACGGAAAACCGACGGUCGCAGACUGUAAGGGCGACAUUGUCAGCAACGAUGAGCGACAAGGGAAGGGUCACUCACAAGUAGCCAGAGUUCAAACACGAAGCAAGGUCAAAGGCUCGGAGCAUGCGAAGCUUGUGGGGUGGCCACAGCCGCAUCACGGCUCUUUCCUCGCCGUGCAUUUGGUCUAG